AUGGUGUUGUUGAGUUUGCUGAUGCUUCUCACUCACAUUAGUCUUGUUUUUAGCAUUUCAGAAAAUUCAAUCAAUGGAUUAGACUGUACCAGAAAAAAUGCUAAUGGACUUUACGGACAAGGUUGUUCAUCCAGGUUUAUGCGGUGCUAUAAUGGUAAAUUGUACAUCUAUGUUUGUCCAAAAAAAUUGAAGUUCAAUGUUGAAACAGCAAAAUGUGAACAAAAGCGACAAGUAAUUGCUUGUAUUAAUAAUGAGCCGUUUGAUUGUUCUAAAAAGAAAGAUGGUGUUUAUGGUAGUGGCAAAUGCUCUACAACUUAUUAUCAUUGUUCUCGAGGUCAUUCCUCGGAAAUGUUAUGUCCAGCUGGUCUGUAUUACAACGAUAAGUUGAAGAGUUGUGAUGAAAUUGACAGCAUUGAUGAAUGCGAUUUGCUCACGGCAUUACGUGGAUUUGAUGAACGACGAGAAGGCGCAUAUAUUGAACGUAAUUUGAUGUCCAUCAGAGGAGGAACGGAUCUCGAUGACCAAAGAGGAUACAGUAAAAAUAUUCAUAGGUUAUCACUUGGAAGGGCAAAAAGUAGAGGAUCCGGUUCCAAAGGCAGAAAUAACAUGCCAAAACGACAAAAUCGACACUCUGAGUAA